CAUAUGCGAGACUGUUUUUGUUAAUUCCGCAGCCAGGUCCGAUCAGUUUGUGUUUAGCAUUUGGUGAGCACAGAAGCCAUCAGCCAUGACAGCUAAACCAAAGUUCGUGUACGAGAAGGAUGACCUAGGCACCAUAGGAGAAGUUGACGACUCCGAGGUGGACCGCAUUGCGCAGUGCUUCGAAGGACGCAGUCUGUUCAUUACAGGAGGCACUGGGUUCCUUGGAAAAGUCCUGGUGGAGAAACUUCUAAGGUCCUGCGGUGGGCUAAAACGCAUUUAUUUACUCAUUCGACCAAAGAAGGGCAAGGAUCCGCAGGAGCGCAUCAAGGAUAUAUUCCAGAAUGUGCUUUUUGACCAGGUGAAGCAGAUGCGUGGCGAGGAGAAAAUCCAACAACAGGUGAGGGCCAUAGCCGGCGAUGUCCUGUCCCCUGGCCUGGGCAUCUCCGAAGAGGAUUUGGAAACCCUGCGGAACGAAGUCUCCAUUGUAUACCAUUGUGCGGCCACUGUGCGCUUUGACGAACCUCUUCGUAACGCUGUCUUUAUGAACACCCGUGGUACCAAGUACAUGCUCGACCUGGCCCUCACUUUGAAGCACCUGGACUUCUUCGCCUACUGUUCCACGGCAUACUGCCACCUCCAUGUGAAAACUCUUUACGAGAAGCCCUACGACCCACCAGCGAAUCCUCACAAGGUGAUGCAGGCCUGCGAGUGGUUGACGGAUGAGGAGGUGUCCAUUAUCGAGCGAAAGGUUCUGGGGGACAUUCCCAACACAUAUGCCUACACAAAGUCCCUGGCAGAGGCCCUGGUGGUGGAGAAGUUUGAUAAACUGCCCGCUGUAAUCCUUCGACCUUCGAUUGUGAUUCCCAUCUGGAAGGAGCCUAUUCCCGGAUGGACGGAUAACAUUAAUGGACCCACGGGACUCCUGAUUGGAGCUGGAAAGGGCGUCAUCCGGACAAUGUACUGCAACUCGUCUGGUUAUGGUGACUUCCUGCCGGUGGAUAUUGCCGUGAAUGGUAUUCUGGUGGCCAGCUGGAGGAAUAUAAGCGCCGGUACUGAUGCCACCAACCGGGUGGCCCACAUGACCUCCUCCAGCGAAAUCAAGGUUUCUUGGGCAGAGAUCAUUGAGCUGGGACGGUGGGUGAUUGAGAACAAGGUUCCUCUAAACGGUGUGGCCUGGUAUCCCGGUGGUUCAAUGAAAUCCAACUACUGGGUGCACUUCAUCUGCAUGGUUCUGUUCCAAUGGAUGCCGGCACUCUUUGUUGACGCUCUGUUGUGGAUCCUUCGAUACCCUCCGGUGUUGUGCCGCGUCCAGAACAGGAUUUACAAGGGAUUCGAGGUGUUCGAGUACUAUGCCAAUAAUGUUUGGAGUUUUGACAAUUCAGAGGCGGUGAAGCUUCGAAAAUUAAUGAAUAACAAGGAGCGUCGAACCUACGUCAUAGAGAAGAUAGAGCUGGACCUAAUAGAUUACUUUACCAACUGUGUGCUUUGCGCCCGUCGGCUCAUCCUGAAGGAAUCGGAUGAGUCUAUUCCGGCUGCCAGGCGACACAUGAAAGUUAUGUGGGUGGUGGACAAGGUCUACAAGGGCAUCUGGAUAUUCGGCAUCCUCUAUAUGCUCUACCGCUGUUUCUUUGCGGGCUGA